CUCGAGAUCGAUUGCAGGGCCUCUCAGCGCUCGAUGCUGGAUCCCAACUGGCUCAGUGAACCCGAACAGUCACCCUUGCACGGCGGGGCGGAUGGACGGGGAAUGGAGAGUGUCUGAGACACUGGGGUACCUUAAGAGGUCGGACGAGAACGCUCCUUCCUCUUCAGCUUUUUGCUUCUUCACCCCCAUCUACUUCCACUUUUGUUACCUGCAUUUAUCCUCCAAACCUUCACUGCUCUUACAUCUGCUGCGCAUUGCUUCACACCGUCUUCUGCUCUCACAACAUCGAAUUCCAUUCACCGAUUUCUCCAUAGCUUUUCGUCUGUUCUGUCUCUCCUCCUCCUCUUCCUCAUGUCUCCUAUCUCGUAUGCCCUCCCUGACUUGACUGGUACCGUCGUUAACGCCGGUCGCCUACAACUCGUUCGUCUCCUCGGAGUGGGUUCCUACGGACGAGUUUAUCAGGCCAAAGACACCUCCUCGUCCGAAUCCUCCCCUAUCUACUAUGCCGUCAAAUGUCAGAUCCACUACGACCCCGCCACGUCCUAUGGCAACAUGCUCGACAACGAGAUCGAACUGCAUUCCUCCAUUUCGUACGAUGACCGGAUCCUCGCCUUCCAUCGUACAUUCCUCAGCGACGACGACAAGUUCUUCUUCACCGUCCUCGACUACUGUGCUGGCGGGGACCUGUACGGGGCCAUUCAAGAAGGUCGCUUCGACGGUAACGUUUCUCUGGUCAAGAUCUUCAUGAACCAGUUGCUCGAUGGCGUGGCCUACAUGCACCGCAACAGCACGUACCACCGCGACCUCAAGCCCGAGAACAUCCUUCUCAAGUCGAGUGGUGACGAGCUGGACGUCAAGAUUGCGGACUUUGGAUUAUCCACCCGGGUUGGUGUCAGCUCCCAGUUUGGAUGCGGUAGCAGACUGUACAUGAGUCCCGAGAAUCUGGAUCGACUUGUUGCUGGCGGAUCGUACUUUGCUCGCGACACGGAUCUCUGGGCCUGCGCUGUCAUUCUAGUCAAUGUAUUGACGUCUCGGUUCCCCUGGUUUAAGGCUGAGCGCAGUGACCCGGGUUACAAGGAGUAUCUGAAUGACCCGUCUGUCCUGCGUGACGCGCUUAACAUCACCCAGCCCACGGCGGAUCUUUUGAACUGGUGUUUCUCCAAGAAGGCCGCUCUACGCCCGACACUGGACGAGUUCCGAGACGCCAUGAAUGCUAUCGACGAGUUCGUUCUCCCCGGCGACAGGACACCCGCUCCGCACCCUCGCUUCGAGAUCCCUUCGCUUGGCUUUUGGCCGGCUGCUGGUCCUCCCCCUCCCCCGGCCGUCCUUGACUCCCUGUUUGCCUGUGACUGCUCCCUCAUGUGCUCCAAGUGCACGCCCUCGGCAAGUGAGAUCGCUUCUCUGCUCGCCUCUGACGGGUACAUGCUCCCCGACGACCAACCUCCUCCAUUCACCGCCGCCAUCCGCAUCUCCCGCCAUGUCGUGGCUCAGACUGCGAGCAGCAUGAAUCUGUCUGUUCCUAUCUAUGACGACACGGAUCUCAGCGCCGACGACGCCUUUCUCCGUGCUGAGCAGAACACGACUCCACCGACGUCACUCGCCACCUCUGCUGUCUCAUGCCCUCGGUUUCCUCCCGGCAUUCUUCUCCCCCAGACGAUUCGCGAACCGCCUCGGUAUCCGCCCGGAAUCUCAAUUCCCGUCGCAGCAAAUCGCGUCUCGCCUCGGUUUCCUAUCGGCGUUCAGAUCCCCACGGCGAGUGGUAACCUCGCUUGCCUCCCGCCUGGUGUCGGCUGCUCGCGGCGGUCCGAGUCGUGGCGCUCCUUCGAAGACCACAAAGGGCGUUGUUCUCCGUCGUCCUCGACGUCAGCUUCAUACUUUGAUUCGUCUGGUGCGCACUACGAAGAAGACGACUUCGUGAUCCUUCUGGGAGACGGAGACACCUUGGUAUUCCCCAGGCCACCAAGCUACAUCCCGGACCCGCAGAUGAAGAAGGUACCGCCGUCUCGUCACGCCUUCGAGCAGGUCGAGUUUUCGCGGGCACGAGAACUCCUUCGGUCGUGUCAUUUGCUAUGAGCGGGUGCGCCAGCCGGAUAUUGCCGAGUCACGUGGGGACGAUGAAAAUGAGAAAAUCACAGAAAAAACACGGGAUCUUGCUUGCUGCUGGUUUUGCUUUGCUUCUUUCUCUUUCUCUUUUCCUUCUAUUUUCCUCCUUCUUUUUCGAAUUCGCAAUUUCGUCUCUGGUUUCGGGGAAUAUGUUGGGUACUGGGUUUAGCUUCGAUUCCUCUGGGUUUUAUGGGACAUCCGACUCAUCUCGCUCUUCUCCUCCGCCCCCGUACUGCAUUUCUGGUCUCAAGUUUCAUGUCCCGGAUUCAUUGCUCACUCGCGAGAACUGGACCGCAUCUCGAACCACGAUGAUCCCUCACUCUAGUGGCUCAGCUCGCGGUCACUUUUCCUCUCAUCGUAUGCAUUUCUGCGCGCCUCAUCCCUCGUUCAUCGCCUCGCUUUUGUUUAUCGUGUGCUGGUGGGGUCUAGGUUGCAUUUCUACCCAUGAUGAUUCCCUUCGCGAAAGGCUCUCUCUGUCGACUGUCCUCUGGCUUACUGCUCGCGUUGCGUCUCGCCUCGCUCUCGGUUGGGACCUUGGUUACUUGAUGUGAUGGCGGAAUCUAGGUCGCAUUUCGACUUGAGAUGGUUCCGCACGCCAAGUGCUCUUCCACGGCGAAACUUGACCUGCCCUGGUUCAAUGAUGGUCGGAGAGUUAUGGUGGCGGGGUUUAGAUUGUAUUUCUUUCGAGGAUGGCCCUAUCUGUUCGAUUGGCGACUUGACUUGGGCUUGACAACCCCUCGUCUUCUAACCGCAUCUCAAUGAGAUGACGGCAACAACGAGACUCGUAGCCUGGCAAGCUCAGUCUCGGAUAGGACCUGGGUCUGCUUUCAGACUCUCGUCUACCGGCGAUGUCUUUCUUGACUGGGAGAUGUCCCGGUUUGGGCUUGAGGGAUUUCGUGUGUUCUCAAGGCGGGUGCAGUUGUGGCAUUGCGGGCAUCGGCGAUCGGCAGCCGUGUCUCGACGUGCAUUGCUGUAUCUGGUAAGGGAACUCACGGGGCGCGCAGUCUGACAAACUCGCGCUCGGUCCUUGGAUGCAAAAUACUUCAUCUCACGCGCGGUGACGAUCGCAAGAGUGUGCAUGGUGUGCUUUGGAAUUCAUCGGACAAGGGAGAGGAACGAGCAGAUCCCAUUCGGGACUGGUCCGCUCACUUCUUCUCUUCAUUUGGGAAUCCGGGGGAAAAAACGGCUACCGUCAGACGAGCCCAGCGUCUGGCGGAAACAAGUCUCGGUCUGACUAUCCGAGACGGGGCGGAAAUUGACGUGUGAAUGCAGUCGGCAAUGCAUUCACAUGGAAAUUGAAACUCCCGCAAGUUGUUUUUUGGACUUGUCUCCCUGUCAGCUUGCGCCGACCAGGAGAUGGGUCCUUUUUUUGCGUGAAGAAACUGAUUCUAACCCUAACCCCAUCCAUGGUGGACCACACCGGCGCGGGAACUCUCGGGGUUUGUUGAUGCGGGUGGCUGUGCUCCCAAUGCAGCUCUCUCCGCCGGCGCUCAUGUUUUUCUCCACACUUCCUCUGCUAAAUGUUCUGCUUAAUCUCGGGCAACUUCUCAUGCGGUGCUCACUUGCCCUUCUCUUCCUUCUGUGCCAGAGUGUGGAAAGCAGGUACACACAGCAACUCGAAACACUUACGUAACCAUGGGCCUUGGCGCCAAGCUAUGAGCACGACGUGCGCGACCUUGGCAUUGACAGGGGACUCAUGAAAAUGGCAGGCAGCGUGCGGAUUGAGGUGUUGUAGACGGGUCGGAGAACGUUGAGAGAGGCUCUGGGACAACUAGUAGGACCUUCGGCGGGGAGGAUCGUCCUUGCGAGCGUCAGUAUCGGAUCCACUGGAGGCAACUAUUGUCUUGGACGUUAACAUCGCAUGUCUUUACCCGCUUGUGUGACAACUGAAGGGCUGGCUGGGCACGUAAGAAAGACUUGAAUAUCGACCGUCUCUUCCCUUUUACCUCAUCAUCUCUCUCCGGUACAGAGUCUCCUCCCCUCCCCCUCCCCCUCCAGCUACGAUGCGCUCUCUUUCCGCAGCGGCUGCGUUCUCUGUCGCCCUCCACCUCCGUGCCGUGCAUGCAUCCUGCUCCGGCACCGACUUCCCCGCUGGCCAAGCUGCGCUCAGCUCGGGCGCCCUUCCUCCGACCUUCACCCCUGUCCUGCGUAUCUUGCCCUCCGACACGGACGGCCAGAACCUGUACGCUUCGUUCAAGGAUAGCAUCCCCAACAUCGCCGUCCGCGGUAAAGACGGUGUCCCUGACCCCGCGGUGGCCGCUGCAUAUGACCCCAGCGACCCUGACUGCUGGUGGAGCUACACCAAGUGUACGCAGCCGAAGAUCGCAGGCCUUGAGCCCGAUGUGGGUAUCGUACCCGAGCCGCAAACGAUGGGUUACGGAUUUGACGACGGACCAGCAUGCCAGCAUGAGGCGUUCCUCGACUUCAUGGACACAAAGAAGCAGAAAGCCACUUUCUUUUACAUUGGCUCGAAUGUCAUCUCGAUGCCACUCGAGGCCCAGCGUGCUGCCACAGACGGUCACGAAAUCUGUGUUCACGGCUGGUCGCACCACCCCAUGACUUCGUUCGACAACGAAGCGGCUUUUUCGGAGCUGUACUAUACCAUGAAGGCCAUCAAACUCGUUACCGGAUAUACCCCCAAGUGCUGGCGCCCACCCACUGGUGACGUCGAUGACCGAAUCCGGUUCAUCGCUCAAAAGCUCGGCCUGACCAAUGUGCUCUGGGAGUACGACGCCAACGACUGGCGCUUUGGCGACGGCUCCCUCACGGCGGAUAAGAUCCGAGGCAACUACGACGCAUUCAUCGCAGAUGCCAGCGCCGGCAAGUUUGCUCAGCGAGGCACGAUCAUCCUAACGCACGAACUGGACAACUUCACGAUGCAGACCGCCGUGGACUACCAUCCCAAACUUAGCGCUGUCUUCAAGCACAUUGUGCCCAUUGCCGUCGCGCUGAACCGCACCAACCCUUAUGUGGAGACGACCGUGACUAUGCCGACCUUCGAUCAAUUGAUCGGUGCUGCUGGACCGUCGACGCCAUCGACGAGCUCUGCUGCAUCCAGUUCCGCACCCAAUCCGAGCUCACCCAUCUCGAGCGUAUCGUCGCAGAAAGCCGCACCCGCUGGGUCGAAGUCGAGCAGUGCCCCAGCCUCGACGUCUUCCACGGCCUCGACGCUGAGCGCGAGCUCCAACGCUCAAUCUGGCGCCUCUCGCACGGCCAUGAGGUCGUCAGCAUUGUUCGUGGGCGGAUUGCUGUUAGCGGGCGCCUGGUGUCUGUGAUUGAUUUGCUGUGUGAUGCUGAGUUAGAGAGCGUUUGCUCCUACGGACUAUCCGCUUGUUGGUUCUAUCUGCUGUUCAGGCUAUAAUUGUGUAGUCGUCGAGUGCUACUUACUCUCGUUUGAAUUCCAACUUUCUUUUCGGUUCUUAUCUCUCUGCCUUGCCGUUUGCAGGCACAAGAUCUCAGGCGUUAAUGAGAACACACAGAAAUGGAUGUGUCAUGUAUAUGACAUGAGCUUGUGCA